AUGGGUCAUCACAAUGAUCUUCUUUUGGAUGGCAAUGAUGAUGUUGAAAUGUUAAGUCUGAAACCCUUCCUUGAUCAUCAAUUCAAGAUUAAGGACCUUGGGACUGUUCAUUAUUUUUUGGGUCUUGAGAUCUCUAAGGUGGAUCAGGGGUUUCUCAUCAACCAACAAAAGUACAUCAAAGAGCUCCUCUCUGAAUUCAGCUGUUCAGAGGUCAGACCAGCUCUCACACCCCUUGAUCCUCAUGUCAAAUUAUCUGUUGAUUCAGGGGAAGCUCUUCCUGAUCCUACUGUCUAUAGAAGAUUAAUUGGCAAGCUGAAUUUCCUUUAG